CACUCACACACAAAUAAUGACAAAGUCCUCGAAAGAUUCGCAAAUCGGUUUCAUUCGGCAAAAAGCCAAUAUCCACAUCGGCUCGAAAGUAACAAACGUUGGAUUGAACUCUGAAGUGUCUAGUAGUUCCUUUGUGGUCUCAACAUCGAUCACCUCGAACAAGAACUCGCAUCACAUGAUCAUGGAGCAAAUCACUCUCUAAUUUCGUCAUGUAGAAUCCGUAACAAGUCCAAUGUUCUUACUAUUCUAGAACACAAGAAAAAAAAAAACAAAAUGGCGCCCUCCUUACUGUCUCUGUCCAAGAAAACGUCUGCUGCCAGCAAGGUUUUUUCGCGGGCGAAGGAGGAGGCCGCUGAGGAAAAAGAAGCUGCAGGAGGCAGCGCUUCAGGUUCGGAAAAUUCUGCGAGCGAGGAAAGCGAAAGUGGCGAUCGUGUUGCGGGGCGGGAGGAAAGGAAACUUUUUUCAUAUGAGGAUCGCAUCAAGAGCCUAGAUGCGGGUAACAAUGACGACAGCGAUGAAGAUGCGGCUUACGAUCGUGACUACCAUGAGAUGCUCAAAGCGUCACAGCAAGCGUUGAGCGCAGAAGUACAAGCAAAGAGCCACGAUGGUACUUUAAAUUUAACCUUGUUGUACAUUAGUCGAUAAAUCGUUAUCGCUGAAGAUGAACGUUGUUCUAAUUGUUAGAGUUCACAAUUGUUAAGGAAAAGGAAUCGCUUAGCAAGGAAUAAAGACUAAAAAGAACGUUGUAAUUUGAAUUAUAUAUAUAAAAUAAAUUUACCUUGCCUUCGUCACCAGAAAAAAUCAUUCAGAUUAUAAGCGAGCGGAUGCUGCUGGGCCGCGAACUUCGAAAGGGUCUCGGGGCACUGCGCCCACAGCGUCACCGGGCGCGCGCUCUUCGGGUGGCGAUCACGAGGAUGCACGGGAAGGAAAGAGGGAGAUGUUGAAGCAGAGCCAAUCAUUCGCGUCGACUGAUGAUGGAAGUGUCAACGAAGGCGGACCUUCCAGUCCUACUGGUCGCGACGUUAGAGGGUCUCCAGAGCACGCGGACCCUGAGGAUCACGAUCCGACUGUCCCAGGAUACGGUCUCGUCCGACGUGCGGUAGCCGAACUCCGAGAAACCCUGGGAAAAACGAACACCGCAAUGGCGAACCUCUUGCACACGCCAAAAGCAGAACGCAAAAUGACCAAACUGGAGUUAUGUCAAAUGGACUUUUUUACAACGACGCGGUACCCACCGCGGACGCGAAAUCCACAUCAUCCAUAUUCCUAAAUGAUGAAGCAGGCUAAGUAAAUGGUCGUAUGAUCUGUAACUGUGGUUAUACCUAUACAUCGUUAACUUCAGGAGUAUCGCCUAUUUUUGCUACAGCUGAUUUUUUUUCUCGUCCAGUGUAUGUUUUACUUCUAAAUUCGGGCAUGCAGUUAGCUCAACGAGUAAAGAAGCAGCUUCUGCAGCAGUUUGAUUAUCGAGUGGAGCACGCGGAGGACAUGCUUCUACAAGACAAGAUCCAGUUGCAAACGAACGCCUGGAGGCUAGGCAACGAUCUCGAUGUUCAGCCAAUAACUGAUCGUAGAUGAUGAUCGAAAUUGUAGGACCAUGAUAUUUGGAACUGGGAAUCCUUCGCAGAGAGGCAGUAAAGAUAGGAGAACUACGCAGAUGAUGAAGAAGUCAUGAAAAAAUGAACCAGGGCCAAGAUGAUUCCGUAACGCCAAGAAGAUAACAUAUUUAUGUAUAUGUAAUGCAUGAUAUUCGAAGACGUGGAUCAUGAAGAAGUAAGGACUUUUGAAGAUAAGAAAUCGCCAGCAGAGCUUCUUUUACAAACAACUCUUUGCGAGCUUGAUGAAGUACAUCUUUAGCACAUAUGGUCAUCGAGGAAAUAUCCCCAUUUCCAUCUAUAACUCUCCACAAUAUUCCUAAAACGUCGUUGUGUGUAUACUAGUCUUGGAAGAUCGUCCGAUAUCGGGCGACGUUCGUUGUGAGACGUCAGAAUUCCUGUAAAAAUGAAACACAGAUGAAGUAGAUGAAACGUUCCAUGCUCUUUUCAAAAUUGAUGAAAUCACUAUGUUGUAGCAGAUCUUCUUGGUAGCAUCUAUGAUUGGUGUUUUUUUUUGUUCUUUUCGUUGAUUAAUUUCGAGGGUAAACAACAAGUCUUCUUCUUAGGCGUGUGUCCCUCGUUGUUGAGCAACGAACACGACAGAAAAAUAAUGCACGCAUGUGAGAAGUCCGAAGUAAACGAGGAAUUAAAUAAGAUAGACUCAAUGACAAUGAAUCCGAUCAUUUUAGUACAGGGGCCUUCGUCGUCUUCAGGUUCAGCUGGAGCGUCCAU